GAGAGCUUGGAUCGAAUAUCAGCGUUGUUAGAGACAAACGAGCAUUGUCUUGAACAUCGAAUGCAUCCAUAGAUGUCCUGGGACACCCCAUGCUUGCAUCUUCUCAUGGAUAUACCGUUCAUGCAUCCUAUGAUUUUGCUGAGUGAUUUCCCGCCAAAUUUUGGUUUUUCGACUACAUCACUUUAUAUUUUGGAGAUUCGAAGUCACCGAUUUUGAAAGUACUUGGCGGCAUUAAACUCGUGGGUUUGGCUGAUUUGUAAAAUUGGCACUGACAGUCGAUAUCAUCGAUUUCCAUCAAUCCAUCUCGAAACGUUGCUUAAUGUUACUCUUGAAUUUGGUCUCCAUGGAUUAAUGUUGUCACGCAGAUUAAGUGCUGGAAGACAAUGUAGGAAGAAGUGGUUUUCUGAACAAAGCUUCAAGAUUGAACUGCCAUAAAAUUUCGCAAACAUCGUCAUGGGCAGUAAUGUUUUGAGCAAGCUGUCAGCAUCAAUACGAUUAACUUUAAGGAUUUUCCUUUAAUGUCGAUAUUAGUGGUGGACACUCAAUUCAAUUUCGACGAAUCGAUAAACAUUUUUUUUCGGGGGAACUUGACAAAACGUAACGUACUUUAUAUUUCACAUUUGGAAGGAAUUUGUCUAAGGGUCACUUCUGGACUGACUUCUAGAUUCAAGUAGCCGCCACAUUGGUGUCAUACUGUUGUCGUUCUCGAGAUCACCCACGUCCGCUGACCGUCAUCAUGAGCUGUUUGGACGUCAUGUACCAGGGUACUUACCAACCCUACCAGUAUCCCUUCUACCAAAGACCAUUCGCACAGAAGUUUGGACACUACAAGAUGCAGGAGGCGAUGGGACUCGAUUCGGCGGUCGACUACAGCUCGACGUCGAGCCACCACCAUCCGACCUCCCACACGCCGAGCCUCUCGGCGUUCUCGACCACCACAAACCCCCAUCACCAUCAUUUCCACCACCACCCGGCGGCGGCAACGGCGACGCACUACACGGGGCACGGCAGCGUGGGGAGUCACGGCAGUGGGGUGAGCGCAGGUAGCGUUCAAGGACACUCGGGGCAUUCUUCGCUGCAUUCCACCCCGUCAUCGCUCGCGACGCCGUCCUCAGCGCUCGGCGUGAAGGAGGAGGAGGAAUCGGGGAAUGCGAGCGACAAGGACCCCGCGCCGGAAGCGGACUACGUCAAUUCCCGUUGUGUUAUUUUUACGUUUUACUCUGGUGAUUUGGAUAAGAUAGUUGACGAACACUUCAGUCGAUCACUGAGUCAUCAAGGGAGCUAUGCACAAGACACUGACGGAAAACAAAGGACAAUAAAUGGCAGUGAUUUGAACAGUCAAAAUGACAGUGGUGACAGCAGAAGAGAAAACUCGAAUUGGCCAAGCAAAAACAAUGGUUCGCCGACGCCGAUGUGUAAACGUAGCUUUCCACCGUCCUUCUGGAAUUCAAAUUUUUACAGUAACGUCACGAACUGCAACAAUAACAACGCCAACAUCAGCAGCAACAGCCUGCAUCUCAACUCAAUGUACCCGACGAGCACCUCAACGCACCACGACACAUCAUCCCUCCUCAACGCCGCACAAGCGGCCGCCGAUUCAUACACCAUGCACCACCACGCGCACCACCGGGCAGCUUCCAUGCACCAUUCGCAGGCAGAGGCAUGGCAUUACGGGUUCCCCGCGCACCACCAGUCGUCCUACGCGCAUCACCAUCACGCGGGGUUGCACGAGUUGGGUUACGGAGUGUCGCCGGGAAGCGCGUUCAGCCCGAGGUACAGCUCUUUGCUCAUUCAACCGUCCGUGAGACCGGGGCGGCUGCCGACGAUACCGGGUCAGUGUGACUUUACGAAGUCGUCGACGACGGAAUGGCCGUCGACCUACACCCCUCAUAGUCACCAAUCAACGACAGAGGUACCGUCAUACACCGUCGAAACAGGUAGCGCAGUGGACUCGCACGAAACGACAAACAAGGAUCUUUAUUGGUUUUAGGUGACUUCCUUGGAGAUAACCCGACGUCAUCUGCUUGAAAGCGUGGCCAUUUUUAUUGGAUCAACAUCAUGCUACUGAGAGAUGAAUAUAACGACUGUCCGAAGAAAAAAGACUUUUGCAUGCUGCUUAUAUAAAUCAUGUUGAUUUUCUGUAAACUUCGCUCCUAUUUUAGAUUACAUGUAUUUUUAAUUUAUCCAUAGAGUGGAUAAAAGUGUGGAUUAAAACUGGGAAAUAGAUUAAAAUGUUGAUCUUCCAUCUGGUAAUACAUCGGUUUCUAUUUUGCAUUCUAAUUUGCCGAACAUUGCUGAAAUGUUCCGAUCAUAUCUGAGGUCGCAAGAUGGGACUUUCUCAGCUUACAGAAAGGAUAAAACUUGGAUAAGAGUAUAAUCACUGAAAAUCACCGAAAAUUAACGAAAUAUUCCGUUUAUAUCCGUAUAGGGUCUUUAUAUGCCAACAUAGGAUUGACAGGAAAAAAGGGGUGAAAAUAAGAUGAAGUUCUUAUUAUUUUAUUUUAUUAUUUCAUGUUGAGCGUCAUCACAUUGUAACUCAAAGAAAUAUUUUCCGAUUAUUAAUUUGUAAAACGAUAAGUCUACCACAAUGACCUGCUGACACUCAUAUAGGCCGAUACGGAAAAAAAACACAGAGAAACAUUACACUGAAAAUGUUAUAAAAAUAGGAUUAAAAAUUCAAAGUUGCAGGCGCUCUUAUGUUUCCCUAUAUGAAUCGGUGGUGUAAAGAGACCGAAAUUUUGAGGGGGCCCAGACACGGCGUAUUUGGCCAAUCUUUUUUUUAUACAAAACUCUGAGUUUGUAGAUUUUGCCAUAUUUUAUUUCACCCUUUUCUUUUUCUUUCGCUCUCCUUUUCUUCGUCGUGAAUCUGUAGACCCGUAGUGUCAUGACUGUAAUAAUACUUAACACAGAUGACAUUUAAAUCAGGGAAUUGGUGAUAUCACACGCUCACUAUUUAAUUUCUAUCUAUUUACAAUGAAAUUUGACAUUAGAAAAAGCUUUAGUGAACUAAGGUAUAUUGAUAUUUUUUCUUAAUUAUCCCAGGGUAAACUGUAUUUUUUUUAACUUUCCAUGUAAUCUGAAAAAAGAAGAAGAAUUUUCUUAUCAGGAUUUCAUUUUUUUAUGAUCAUGAUUCUGAAUUCGUAAAGAUAACAUGAUGGUAGUAUUAUGAUGAAUUGUGGUUUCAAAGUUAAUUUUUAAUGGUUGUUAGGAAGGAAACAUCCUACAUCAUAAUUGUAACAUGUAUAAUUUUUCUCCUUAAAAUGCUGAAAGGGUGUUUUAAUGAGAAAUUGUUUAUGCAAUAAAAUUGCGCCCGUCAUUUUUUGUUUGCAUGAUAAAGUCAACAAUCUGAAGAUGAUGAGACUGAACACGAUUUUUGGUUUCAAGCAAUUCACUUUUUUUUAACCAUAUGGAAACAGUACUUCAGAUUUUAAAAAAAAAUUAUUUGGAGAAAUAAGAGAG